AUGCAGCUAUCUUUAACUUUUCCAGGUCUCUGGACACUGCUUCUACUGCUGAUGUCCAACCUGCUCCUAUGGGAAGAUGUGUCCUCAUUACCCAGCUGUAUAAUACGAAAUGGACGCUGCUUUUCUUCUCUGGAAGAAAUGCUUAAUCUAGCAGUCAGUUUGUCUCAGGACAUAAAUAAACAAGCAUUUGAAAUGUUCACUGAAUUCAAAAAUCAGUAUGCUCAGAGCCAUCAGCUCAUCAACAAGAGCCUCAAAAAAUGCCACACAUCUUCUCUCGAUCUUCCAAAACCCAGGAAUAAAGCCCUGAAGACACAUCCAGUCGUCCUACUGAAAUUAGUGGAAAGCUUAUUGGCCGCCUGGAAAGACCCUCUGUACCAUCUAGUGAAAGAAAUGCCUUCCUUGGGAGAUGUGCCUGCUACUAUCCUCUCAAAAGCCAGAGAGAUUGAGCAAAAGAACACUGGACUCCUGGAGGGGAUCAGGAGUCUUCUAAGCCAGGUUCCAAGUAGAAAUGACGGAAAUGAGAACUACCCUGCCUGGUCUGGGCUUGCAUCCUUGAAGUCCAACAAUGAAGACGUUCGCCAGUUUGCAUUUUAUAAUCUGAUCCACUGUGCAGGCAAAAAUGCUCAAAAGGUUGAAACUGCUCUCAAGAUCGUGAAGUGUAAAAUAUUAAAACAAAAAACCUGCUAAUCUCUUUCUAUUACAUCUCUUUCUGACAUGCUGCUCGAUGAUAGGUUGAUGUAAAACUUGUUUAAUUUUUCUAUUUUGA